AAGGUUUGUGAAAGGGUAUCAUUGGAUUCAAGCGUUAUCGUUUUGGUAAGGCACAAAAUCAAGUCUUUGUAUUAGUCGUUGCUUUGAAUACAGUAUUGAAAAGCAGUGAACAUCUAAGCUGAUUUGACUUCGUAUCUCCCAGGUGUGUGUAAAAUAGUAAAACACACAAUAAGUACAGCAUGUAAUUUUUCAAAAACAACUCAGAGUGUCGCUGUUGACCAGCGAGGGGACGUUAGAGCGCCUCUCCACCCACUAGUGUAAUAUUCAGACACUGGCGACUCGCCUCUGCUUUUACAACAACGAAUAUCAGACGGAGCGUAUCUUCAAAUUCGGAUCUUAGAUUAUCCUUAUAGCCUACUCUGAAAAAAGGGAAAUCUGACUGGAUUUAUUUGUUCGUUCAGUGGAUAGAUUAUACAUUAAAAUCGGUGUGUUUUCUUGAGGAUGCGAUCCGGAGGACUUCCCAUAUUUGCCUCGAUGUUGUCUUUGCUGUUCUUUAUCCUCGCCUUGCCGACAAGCCUGGGAGAUGUGAGCUAUUCGAUUCCGGAGGAGAUGAAACGCGGAUCUGUUAUUGGGAAUAUAGCUACGGACCUUGGACUCGAUGCGAAACUAUUCUCCUCCCGCAAGGCCCGCCUUCAUUUCGAAGGUAAAAAUAAAAGAUAUUGUGAAAUGAAUCUGAAUAGUGGCGAUUUGGUUGUCGCAGACAGGAUAGACAGGGAAGAGCUUUGUGGCGAGAAGAUUCUGUGUGUCCUGAAAUACGAUCUGGUGCUGGAGAACCCUUUGGAGUUGCAUCGUGUUUCUCUGCAAAUUCAAGACGUUAAUGAUAAUUCUCCAAUAUUUCAAAACGAUGAGAUCAAGAUUGAAAUCCAAGAAUUAACAGACAAAGGAGCUCGUUUCCCUUUAGAUGAGGCCCAUGAUGCAGAUAUAGGACAGAACGCUGUUCAGAGUUACACACUAGAAAAUAAUGAUCAUUUUGUUUUAGCUGUUCAGACGAACACAGACGGAGGGAAAUAUGGCGAAUUGAUCUUAGAAAAAGAGCUGGAUCGUGAGGAGCAGCAGGAGGUUACAUUAUUACUUACUGCGAUUGACGGUGGGACUCCACAGAGAUCUGGUACUGUAGUCAUACACGUCACUGUGCUGGAUGCUAACGAUAAUAUCCCCGUGUUUAGCCAAGACGUCUAUAAAGUGAGUCUGCCUGAAAAUUCUCCUUUAGGUGCUGUAGUGGUUACAGUCAGCGCCACUGAUGCAGACGAGGGAGCGAAUGGAGAAGUGACGUAUGCAUUUAGUCGCGUGGCCGAAAAAGCUAAAAAAAUAUUCAAGACUGAUCACAAAACAGGAGAAGUAAUUGUAACUGGACCGAUCGACUUCGAAGAAGAGUCCACGUAUGAGCUGCGCAUUGACGGGAAAGAUGGAGCUGGACUGGCUUCUCAGACUAAAGUAAUAAUAGAAAUCACUGAUGUUAAUGAUAACGCGCCUGUGAUAUUUCUGCAAACUCUCAAUAACCCCAUCCCUGAGAGUGCGUUACCUGGCACAGAGGUGGGCAUCAUUAAUGUUCAGGAUAAAGACUCCGGGGUGAAUCGUCAGGUCCGCUGCUCCAUUCAACAAAAUGUUCCUUUCAAGUUAAUCCCCUCUAUCAAAAAUUAUUACUCACUGGUAACCACAGCAGAACUCGACCGUGAACUAGUAUCAGAAUAUAACAUUACAAUCACUGCUACUGACGAGGGUUCUCCACCCUUAUCCUCCUCAAAGACUGUGCAGUUAUCAGUAUCAGAUGUUAACGACAACCCGCCUGUGUUUGAUGAGCAGUCGUACAGAGCCUCCGUGGCUGAAAAUAACAAACCCGGAUCCUCUGUUAUUACUGUAAAGGCGAUAGACCUGGACUGGAGACAGAACGGCACGGUUUUCUAUUCUUUGUUGCCCAGUGAGGUCAGCGGAGUUCCGGUGUCUUCUUUUUUAUCCAUUAACGGAGACACGGGGGUGAUCCAUGCUGUCAGAUCAGUUGAUUAUGAGCAGUUCAGAAGCUUCAAAGUCCACGUUGUUGCCCGAGACAACGGUUCUCCUCCACUCAGCAGCAACGUGACUGUGAGCGUCUCCAUAACAGAUGAGAAUGAUAACUCUCCACAGAUAUUAUACCCUGCUCCAGCAGGGAACUCCUUCAUGACUGAAAUGGUUCCCAAAGCUGCUCACGCGGGCUCCCUGGUUUCCAAAGUAAUCGCUGUGGAUGCGGACUCUGGGCAGAAUGCGUGGCUGUCCUAUCAGAUCGUGAAAUCGACUGAUCCGGGACUUUUCACGAUUGGUCUCCACAGCGGAGAGAUCCGAACACAGCGGGACAUUUCUGAAUCAGAUACAAUGAAGCAGAACCUUGUUAUCUCAGUGAAAGAUAACGGACAGCCCCCUCUGUCUGCUACCUGCACAGUGUAUUUACUGCUUUCAGACAACUUGGCAGAAGUACCAGAACUGAAAGAUAUGUCUUUUGAAGAGAAUAAUUCCAAAUUAACUUCAUAUUUGAUCAUCGCCUUGGUUUCCGUUUCCACCUUCUUCCUCACGUUCAUAAUUCUGACUGUGGCCGUGACGUUUUGCCGUAGAAAAAAGCCCAGACUGUUGUUUGACAGCGCAGUCGCCAUUCCCAGCGCAUAUUUCCCUCCCAACUACGCAGAGGUGGAAGGAGCAGGAACUCUCCGCAGUUCUUACAAUUAUGACACGUACUUAACAACUGGCUCGCGUACCAGCGACUUCAGGUUUGCACGAUCUUAUAAUGACGGCACACUGCCUGCCGAUCAGACCCCGAAGAUGAGUCCAACUGAAUCCAGUGAUCAAGAUGUCGGAAAUAAGAGUGGAUCAAUAAAUUCAACUCUGGUAAAUAGUUUCAUAUUUUGCCAAUUUUUCCAGAAACGAAAUGUUUGA